AUGCUUGGUGUUCUUGAAAGUCAAAUGUUAAGUGUCAAGAAGUCAAGAAAAGCCACACCAUCACCACAUCCAUUGCUGCCCACUUUUUUUGUGCGUCACCAGGGACAAACUUCAUGUUAUGAGGAGAUAAAGAAUAAUGGAGAUUCUCACCAUCAUCAUCAUAAAUUGGUGCUGUUCAGGGCAAAAUAA